AUGUUCUGCAAGGGCAUGGGCCGGGUCAUGAUGCCUGGCUUCCAGACCACAUACAAUCCGUCCAAGAUGAUCGAGGGCAACUCGUGCAUUCUCUGGCUGUUCCAGGGCGCCGUUGUUGACACCCCAGGCAAGUACGCCCUCGCUUGCAUCGGCUCGUUUUCUCUCGUCCUUGCCAUGGUCUUCCUCCAGCUUGUUCGUGAGCGGGUCUCGCUUUGGGCCUCGCGCCGAUCGUCGUCGUCGUCAUCGUCGUCGUCGUCGCCGUCAUCGCCGUCGCUCUGCUCGGGCGGCCUGCCCAUGCUCGGCUUGGACCUCGCGGUUGCUGCUCUCUUUGCGCUUCAGAUGGUUCUUGCCUACUGGAUCAUGCUGCUGGUCAUGCUCUACGAGGCCUGGAUCUUCACCUCGAUCAUCAUCGGCUUCUUUGUCUCGCAGCUCCUCGCCAUCCGCCUCCGCCGCCGCUGGCGCGAGCGCACCUGCGGCUGCCCGUCGUCGAGCGAGCAAGCCCCGCUUGUCGCUGGCUCCAAGAUGGACACUGUCCAUGCUGCCGCCGCCUCGUCGCCGUGCUGUGGUGGUGAUGGCCACGGCGCGGCCAUCUAA